CCUUCUAUUUUAUUUUUUGGUUACAGCAGGGUACUUGUAUUUAUCAAGUUUUUUGGUAGAAAGGAAAAAGACGUAGAAUACAAGAUGGAUUGUGGAAUGAAACUCAUCAAGUAUCUGCUUUUUGCAUUCAAUUUGGUGUUUUUCAUCAUUGCGUUAGUGCUGAUCGGUGUCGGGGCUGCCGUCGAAAUUAAAUAUCGAGAUUUGGUGCAAAUUACUGGCUCUACUAUUUCAUCCGCACCAAUUUUGCUGAUAUGUGUUGGCGUGUUCAUCAUGAUAAUUGCAUUCUUCGGAUGCUGUGGGGCGUACAAGGAAAACUACUGCAUGGUGACAACAUUUAUGGUCUCACUUCUGGUUAUCUUCAUCCUCGAAAUGUCAGCUGGAAUCGCGGCAUUUGCUUUGAGAAACCGAAUUGAAAUUUGGAUAAAGAAAUCAGUGCAAGACGCCAUAAGCAAAUACACGCCUAAGAUGACCAGUUUUGGAGUCGUGCAGGAAAAAUUCAAAUGUUGUGGCGCAGUUUCGUCUGUGGAUUGGGAAACGAGUACCGGUUUUCAAGCAGAAGCAAAAGCCCGAAUGACCCAAGCAGGAAUCUCUAGUAACAAUGGAACAAAAAUUGUGCCAGACAGCUGCUGUAUUACUCCGAAGAAAGAUUGUGGAUUGAAAUCAGGGCACCUUAUUUACACUGGAACCAAAAACGGAUGCGUUGAGAAGAUUGAAGCCUUCAUAAAGCGAAAUGCUGGCGUGAUAGGUGGCGUUGGUAUCGGUAUUGCAUUUAUACAGAUCGUCGGCAUUAUAUUCGCAUGCUGUCUCAUGCGUACGAUAAAGAAAGAGUACGAACACGUUGCUUAGGACUAGAAUAUUCAAUCGAACAAGUUUUACUUUUAUGUUGUGUAAUUAAAUUAACCCAUUGAUUUCGAACCACAGCUUCACAGCUAAAUUUCAGGACAGUUAAGUUUUAUCAUGACACAAACUAUAAGUUUAUAUUUCUUCUUAAUUACAACCUACUGGGUGUUUAGAAGUUCAUUUUUCAGACAAGUGUGUGUUUAUAGUGAAACCUGGCAAAAAGGCCGCCAUGUAUUUAACAUGAUAUUAAGCUACAAGCUUCAGAGACACAUAUGUCAAUCUUGAUACUCCUUUUUACGUGUGGUUUGGUGAAAUCUACUUCAAAGAUUGUAAUAUUUUCUACUACGUAUUUUUCCAUUACAAUAUUUUCUUGAAAUAUUCUAGGCAGCCGGUAUUCAUACACAAUUUCUCACGUGAAUAAUAUUAUAUAUGUAUGAUAAAGUGCGUUACUGACUACCUGAUUUUAGGUGAAUGAAUUUCAGAAUGGCUUCAAAAAUAAUCUCACAAAAUUUACAUAAAAUACUUACUUUACAAAUUUUGAAGUCUGUACCACGUACAAAAAUCUGACAAAUAAUAGUUGAUAUAUAUCACUGGAACCAGGAUACUUUUAUCGCUAAUUCAUGAUAAAUAAUGUUGCAUCCAAGGCAUGCGAUCAUAUAACUUUCCUGUGUGAAUGAUAAACACUAGUCUUUUGAAUAGAUGAUUAUUAUAUAUUAUUCAAUUAAACGGGUUAAAGCAUGUAACACAAUUGUAUUCUUUCAUUAUAUUCAUAUUGCUCAAUUUUUCUUUAUCUAGCAUAUCGAAUUAUCUGCGACAAUAUACUGUAUCAUGCAUGAUAGAGCAUUUCAACAAUUGGCGGAUGUUGUAAUUUAAAUUAAAAUCUGGUUGAAACGAUGCCCAGGCCACUCAAGAUCGAACUAAAAUAAUUUUGAAAUUGCAAAUAAUUACGAAAAUUUAAUCUGAUUUAUCGGGUAUAUAAAAAUACACACCUCAAUAAAAUGUGAAGUUGGAUGGAUGGUAUUUCACUUGUUAUGCAGAAAUACAAAAUCAAAUUCUGGUUAUAUUUUGUGCGUUUAAGAGAAGCUAAACGUUACUGUAUUUGAAUGAUACGUGAAUGAAAGAAUUUUUUUCUGUAACUGUAGUUAUAUUUACUCCUUUAGGUUUUCGAUAUUAUAUAUCAAAAAAAUUUUAUCGGGAAACGGAAAUUACACCGAAUCCUUUAAUUUCGCAAGUUCUAAGUAAUUCCGCCUACUGCCCUUUAUGUGAACUCAAAAUUAUAGAUAUUUUCCUGUUUAAUCACUGACAAAUUAAAUAAGUGUAAAGAAUUGCGAGAUUGUAAGUUUUAUUGCACCAAUUGAGUAAUAAUUCAUUCUUAUGUAGAACGGAAGUUUUCGUAAUAUUAUUUGAGCGGUGUUCCAUAUACAUUCAUCUCAAGUCUAGGCAAAAGUAAUAUCGACUUCCAAGAAAUAGAUGCAUUUGGUCUAGUCUGCUCUCACAAUCACACGUAUAUGUUUAGCAGAGUAUCAAUUUGCAAACUUAUUUUUUGUUAUUAUGUUUACAUUGUAUUAUUCAGACAUAGAUAAUAACAUAUUAUGGUUAUACAUUUAUUUGAAACAGAACAUAACUGCAGAUAUUAUAUGCACUAUAUCGUUUCUUAGUUAUUUGUAGAUUAAUAUUCAAAAAUGGGGGGGGGGGGGGGUCCCAUUUGAAAAAUAGCUGACUUUUCCAUUAAUCUGUUUGUCCAGCAGAAAUUGUAUAUUGAUUGAAAAUUGAAUUGAAUUGAAUUCAUUUGUGAUCGCAAUAGAAAACCCAUCGAAAUAAAAGCUAAUAAUGUGCAUAUUUCAGACUGCCAUACCAAUAGAUUUUUAUUUUCUGACCAUUGGUUUAAAUAAAAGGUAGAUCAAAAUCUGACAUGGAUAGUUUGACGUUUGAACCGGCUGAUGAUAAUGGCUCACGAGAGGCUGUGAAUACUGUAUUUUUGUUUCAAAUGCAAAAUAUAUCAUUUUACAAUAACAUAAUGAUAUUCUGCUAAACUGAUGUUUAUAACUGCAUUUGUUAAUUCAUUAUGUUGGACAUUUAAUUUGUAAUAAAGUGGCUAUAUGUGUAAA